AUGAGUGCCUUUCAAUCAACUUGGGAUACAGAUCUUCAUGAAUAUCGUUCAACUUGGGAUACAGACGUUCAUGAAUAUCGUUCAACUUGGGAUGAAUCGCCUUCAGAAGAAAACAAACAAGUUGACCCACCGAAUGCAGAAGUUUCCCUUUCGCUAAUUAAAAUUCAACUUAUAGGCGUUGCUGUCGUUCUCUUACUCAUUCUUGCAACUGUCUUACCAUUGACGUUUAUUCUAACUGGUAUUAGUACAAAUGCAACAGCUACCGCUCGAAUCGCGAAAUCAUUUGAACUUGAAUCAUUGAUUUGUGGUAAUAUGGAAGUAUUCGAAAGCGCAGACUUUUCCGGGAGUGACCUUGCAACGUUGCCUUCGAUGAACUAUAACACAUGUUGUGCAUCGUGCUUAAAAACAGCAUAUUGUAUAGGCUUUACUUUGAAUAAUACUGGACAAAUAUGUUAUCAGAAGAAGUCUAUUGAUUCGACGAGUCGCUAUGAUGUGAACUUCAUUAGUGCUAAAUAUUAG